CCGAAACCAGUCAAAAUUUUGGUUAGAUCCUUGUCUGUGAUGUAUCAAAUAUGACAUCGGGUCAUGCAUGAGAAUUAUUUAUUUCUGCGUGUGGCUAAGAUAUGGUUAUCGUCAUGUUGUUGUAGGAAUCUACGAAUAAUCCAAUUCAAUGUCUUGGCUCAAUGAAAAAGGCGCCAAAACAGAUUGUGUUCAAAGAUGGCGGACGAUCAUCAGAUCUGGACACCUCUCGUGGAUAAAGAUAUUAAGGUUGCAAUAAGACGAGACGGAGGUCAGAGGCAUGCAAAAUUGAAAAUUUUUGUUGGUGUUUGCCAGUCAUCUUCUUUAACAAAUAAAAAGGAACUCCACAUAAGAUUAACAGAUGAAAGUGAUCCAUUUUUUCUGCAAUUCCUUUAUCUUGGUGAAGAAGAUUUUCACAGUUUGAAAUCUCAACAAGGAUUACUGGUGGAUUUCUCAGCAUUCCCCCAAAAGUUUGUGGAUUUGAUUGACCUUUGCAGUAAAGAAGAGCAAUCUCAAAAUCCAAGAUUUUUACUGCAAUUUAAUAUAACUGGGUCAAAUUUCAAUGGAAAUGGACAAUUGGAUGUUGUUGAAACAAACCCAUUCAAGCAUCUCAUUCAUUUGUCAUUAAAGUUUUUACCUGGAAAUGACGAAGAGGUGAAAAAGUAUCUUGCAAGCUGCAUCAAAAUUUUAAAGGACAGCAAAACAGAAUUAGAAGACAAACUGAACGAUUUGGAAAAAGAAUAUUCAUCAAGUUAUUCAAGUUUGGAGCAUAAACUUUACGAAAGGACGAACGAGCUUGAAGAUCUAAAGUCGCAGUGGACGGUCAAAUUAAAUGAAGCAUCUUCAAAACAUAUAGCUGAGUUGAGUUCGGCUAAAGAGCAGGAAAUGAGAGUGCAAAACAGUUAUGAAGAAAGGCUGAAAUCAGGUCAGAAAGAAUGGGAGAACAAGUUUAGCAGGACAGUGAGCAAGCUCGAUGCAAAGAUAGAAGAAUUAGAAGCUGCUAACAAGGACUUGCUAAGCAAGAAAUACAAAGCAGAGUCGACUAUUCAUGAGCUGAAAAGCCGCAACUUUUCUUUAGAGGAGGAAUGUCGUCGCUCAACCAAAGAGGUCCAGACGCUAAGGAGACAAAACUCUAGCCUCGAUUCAGACAGACAUGAGAGGGACAAGACUUUGAACCAUCUCAGGACGAGGGUGGCCGUUUUAGAGCAAGAGUUAAAAGAUAAGGAACAGGUCAUAUCAAAAUCCACAGAAUUGCUGGAGACGUCAAACAGUCAACGACUGAUCAUGGAGGAGGAUCUGAGGGGAAAAUCAAAUCAAAUAAGUAAAUUGGAUGCCACAAUUAAAUCAGUUUCCGAUGAAGUUGUUAAGGGCAACGAGAUAAUUCAAAAACUGCAAAAUGAAAUUCGGAACCUAAAGUCCCAGGUGAAGCUGAAGAAUAUUGUGACAACGAAGCAAGAAAGAAUAAUCGAGGAGAAGGAAGAUAUCCUUUCAAGUCAGAAAAAAGAGAUCGCAGAAAUAAACGAGAAGCUGGCACAAAAAACCAAUGAGGUUCAAAAAUUGUUAGAAGAACUUGGGGAUACGAAGCAAAAAUUGGAAGACAGUCGAGAGCUUGCCAGGACCAAUGAAAAUGUUAUAAACUGGCUGAACAAACAACUGAACGAUCAGAUGCUAGGACCAGCACGAUUUCCACCAAAUGAUUCCACCAGUCUUCCGCUCAACAGCACUGCUUCCAGAAUUUCUUCAAUCAAACAGGCCUUGCACCAAAGCACUCCGUCUUCUGUUCGUUUUUCAAGUGCUUCAGGACCAAUAGUUGGGAGUUUCCAGAAUCAAGUGCACAAUCAGGUGUUGUACCGACCCCCGUCCAUCCGCAAGCCUCCAACAUGGCAAUCUCCACCGUCAUCCGAGAGUUUGGGUGUUCCAUCGGGGAAUUUCGACAGAAGACCGCCGCUUAGGCAAAGAAUGCCGGGGAACCAGUCAAUAAUGGAACAGGCUGAGCCUGCAGUUGAUCUCAAGUAUCUUCAAAGGCAACCGCAGCAGCAAGGGCUGCCCCGCGCUCAUCACGCAGACAGUGCAGAAAAUAACGAAAACAAUGUCGAAAUGAAUGCUAGAAAUGGCAAAACUGUCAAACCCUUGCUAGUUUCAACAAGAACGCGUAAAACAGAAGAAAUGAAAACGAAUGGCUUGCACAUAUCUUGACAUAAUUUAAUUUCUUCAGCAUAAAAGCAAUUGUCCUUAAAAGUUUUUUGCAGUUGUAUGCAUUAAUGCGAUAAAUCGAUGGAGCUUUCUCAAAUAUUUGUCGAAGUGAAAUCCUUCUUUGCCAAUGGUUGGUUGAUGUGCACCUUGGAUAAAAGAUUGUUUCGCAUCUGUAAGCAUGCUGACAUUUGUCAACUUCUAGGUCGUUUUCACCGACUAAUUUUGUUAAUAAUUUAACAAUCCACUUUAAGGUUUUCCCUAGUUCAAAAAUUACGAGUUUGUGCCUAAUAUUUCGGGCUGAGACCAAUGAUUUGUCUUCUUUUCAGAAAGACAUGAUCUCGAUACAAGGUGUUGUUGAAAAACAUCUUACAAGGUCGAAAUACCAGUUAGAGUCUUGUAUAUGCUGAUUCAUUGCAAAAUUUCCUGCAUAACAUAAUAAACUUUAAGAAUUUCAAAACCUUUUUAUGUGUAUCUUCUAGUUGUUUUAGACCUGCUGCUAUGUAGGACGUGGGCUUCACCUAUGUUUAUCUUCUAUUUGAACUAAUGAGAUGUAUCUACUGAUCACUGGAUGUAUCACUCUAUGUACCCCAUCGUUUGGUAUUCAGUCUGGUUGGUGGGGCAGAAUUUUUCACCGAGAAAUCUAGGGAAUAUUGCCUAGCAUUUUGCAAUCACAAGCUAGGUAAGUUGAAAUUGUUAUCAUCUCUUAUGAGUCUAUUGAAGUCUUGUUAAUAUUUAUAAGUUUGGCUUAAUGUCUGGUUUUGUUUUACGCUUUCUUUUGAGCGAUCAUGGCUGUGCAUUGUUUGUCAGGCAAAAACAGAAGGCAACUCCAGGGGCGGCUCAAGUAAAAAAUCUGAGUUCCAGGCCAAGGCUAGGGUCUUUCAGGCAAUGUAUUGAUAAUUGUGCCUAAGACAACAUUACUAUUCACAUUUAAGCAGUCUGGUACCAGGGGGGGGGGGAGGGUUAUCUGGUACUAUCCACUCACUAAAUCUAGAUUAUAGAUUUCUUUCCGACAGAAACCAGUGCCUCUGUGAAAAUGUCUGCAACCCCCUCCCUUUCUAAAUACCCUCUUGUUUGUCUUGGAUGCCACAGCAAAGUUUUCCCUUUUGUUUCACUCGCAAUUUGUUGUUUUGCCUACGUAGAUACCAGCCUAUUUUUCAAAAUAUGAUGUUCCGUCUGACCAUAGGUCUCUCUUGCCAUCAACGACUGCAAUUUGAAAUAAAGGUUGUUAAUGCUCCUGUAAAAUUAACCAUACCGCCUGGUCUCGUCUCAAAUGCCUAACAAUCUGCUAGAAUGCUGCGAGGGUCGUGAAAAUAAGACAUCUGCAGUCACCAUUUCGAAUUCAAAGUUUUGCAGUUCCACAACAGAUCACAAACAAUUGGUAACCAAUCAACUACUGGCUAUUGUACAGCUCUCUAACAAAUAUGAUAUCAUUUCCGAGUUCCAGAUGCUGUUUUGACAUCCGUGUUCCAAACAAAAAUUUCAGUGUUUCAAUUCCUUCACUUCCGAGGCACAAAACGUUUAUUUCCGAGUUCUAGGAUUGACUGCUGUUGUCCUCCACAGCGUCUGGAAAAUCGUUUCAAAAUCACGACAGAGAAGAAGGAAGGAAAAGGGCGAACGAAUCACAUCAAACUGGCAAUUUGAAGAUUUUGAAGAGACUUCGAUAAAACUUUUAAUUUCUAGGUUUCACUUUUUUAGUCUAAAUAUUACUAAUUUCAGGCACACUAUUUUUAGCUAUAUGUUGGAAAACUGACUGAGUUCUGUGCACCAUGGAAUUCACUCUGGGUCCGCCUCUGAACUCUAUCAAUCAAACCAGCGCAGAGGUAAAAAUGUAACAAGAUGCCUUCUUACUGAAAACGCAAUCACAUUUUUCUAUAGUUGUGACUAGACUUCUACUUUCCUUUAAAUAUAGGAUUAAGAUAGCAAAGAAGUGGUAAAAAGCCGGAAGAUUUGUUAUUGAUAGAAAAGAAUUGUUUUAAGUAAACUCGAAUUUGCUCGAAAGAAAUUCCAGGAAGGAGAAAUUUUUUUAGCCUUUAAUUAACUUGAAAGAAAUGUGUCCUCCCCUUGGUAAUUAUUUGUAACCAGCUCAUAUGAUAACCAUUAAAGUUAGUUCUUCAAAGUUGAAGAAAACCUUUUUAGAAAAUUUUUAACUAGUUUGUUUUGUGACGAUUCCUUACAAGUCACUUCUUGAAGAGGCAAGUUCUGCGGCAGUCGUGGUGAGCAGUAGUUGAAUACACGUGUUUCUAUAAGGAACUAAAUUCUGGGUAAGUGCUCAGUUUUUUUAAGUGUUUUUGCUUUAUUGCAAAAAGUUUCAUGUAGGUUUUUUAAAAAAUUGCAAAAGACCAGAGCCAAAGAGCUACUUUUUUGAUAUUAAAUAAAACGAAAAUGGCGAGAAAUGAGAGCCGAUUUGUUAUUAGCGUGAACAGAUCAAAGCUUUAGCAAGAGACACAAAACUGUAUACACGCUUUUUUCAUCAGAACAACCCUUAUAAGAAACAACAGGCUGGGGUUUACGAAAAAAUAAAAGAAACAAGGCAGGCUGAAAUUCAACAAAACACAAAAAAUAAAAACCAGCAAAAAUUGAAAAAGAAUAGCAACAGAAAACUAGAAUGCGAUAAGCAAAAUAGCAUUAAUUACUUUAUCAAGCACAUUUCAUGUCCAAAAACUACUAUGCGCAGGAAAUUCCAUUAAAAAAAAUCAGAAAAUGGAACGCCAGGCUGAAACUGGAGCCAAGUGUUCUUUAAAAUAGCGUGUGACGUAGCAACACAAUAGUAUUAGGUCUUUCACAGCAUUUAUUUUUCUGUUCUGCUAUCUUUGCACCAGUAUGAUAUGAUCCAGGGAAACGAACCAAAAUGAUAUGACCCAAUGUACUUCUUUGAAUUUGAAUUUGAAGCUUUGAAUUCAGACAUUUUGUUAUUAGUAUUAUUUGGUGUUUUCAUCGUUUUAAUGUUAAUCGAUUUUAAGUGUGAACUGGCAAAAUAAAUUCCUGGAUUGCAAGGCGCGGUUUCCUCCUACCUUCCUUCUGUUUGCGUAGCUUUCAGUGAGUA